AUGGAUAUUGUAUUAAAUACCUAUGAUCAAUGGCUUUUAACACCAUACAUAUAUCCUAAACAAGGUUGGCCUGAAGAUGAUCUUACUCGGCAAAUAAUAUCAUUAACUGUAUUGGUUAAUGUUCAUGCAGUUCUUUUAUAUUUUUUCUUGGGAUGUUUCAGCUAUUUCUUCUUAUUUGAUAAAAAACAAAUGGAACAUCCAUUAUUUCUGAAAAAUCAAAUACGUCAAGAAAUGAAAGUUUCAGUUCAAAAUAUUCCAUUUAUAAGCAUACCAACAAUAGCUAUUUUUUUAUUUGAAAUACGUGGAUAUUCAAAAUUAUAUGAUAGUUCACAACGUUCAUAUGGUAUUAUUCCAUUUUUAAAAGAAUUUACAAGUUUUUUAUUUUUUACUGAUAUGUUAAUAUAUUUUAUUCAUCGUGGUUUACAUCAUCGUCUUGUUUAUAAACAUUUACAUAAAUUACAUCAUCGUUGGAUUGUUCCAACACCAUUUGCUAGUCAUGCAUUUUAUUGGCUAGAUGGUUUUCUUCAAAGCGUACCAUACCAUUUAUAUGUAUUUCUAUUUCCAUUACAUAAAAUAUCAUAUUUAUUAUUUUUCGUGUUUGUCAAUUUUUGGACGGUUAGUAUACAUGAUGGUAAUUAUUCAGUACCAAAAAUAUUUCAACCAUUUGUAAAUGGUGCAGCACAUCAUAAUGAUCAUCAUCAAUAUUAUGAUUGUAAUUAUGGACAAUUUUUUACAUUUUGGGAUCGUUUAAUGAAUUCAUUUCGUAUGCCAGUGAUUUAUGAUGAAGAGAAAAAGAAUAUCGAUUAA